GUGACGACUUGUCGCUGAAGGCGGUAGAUGGCGGGAGCACAGCAGCACGAACUUUUGCACGCUGAAAAGGUAUCUAACCUCAAAAAUUCGAACCUCUACAACUUCUUCCUUAUUUUCAAUAUGCCGCAGAAGAUAGGGAAGAUCAUUUAAUUUACUUGAGAGGACAAAGAGAAGUACAAAGUAGAGGAAAGCAGUGCAGUGUGCUCUAAUAACCUUGCGAGAAGGCGCCAUAAUUCACCGGCCGGUGGAGUAACUGCAACUCGAAAACCUCUAUGGAUGCUUUCCAUUUAGGACACAAGUCGACACAAACGUCAUUCUAUUCUUCUUAGCACUUUUAAUUGGAAAUUGAGUUUCUAUCAAGUGUCCUUAAGUUUAAUUGCAUAAAUCUUAUCAUUUUUUUAAAAUCUAUGUGGUUAAAUCGAAAAUAUCAUAAUGAAUACCGAUGUAGUAGCAAUAUUAAAAGAGCCAAGAAUGAUAAAAAUAUGUGCUCCGAUGGUCAGAUACAGCAAGUUACAGUUCAGAACACUUGUAAGGCGAUACGGAUGUGACAUAUGCUUUACACCUAUGAUCUUAGCGGACUCAUUUGUGCAAUCCUCAAAAGCCAGGGACAUCGAGUUUACCACCCACGAAGAGGAUCAGCCACUGAUCGUUCAAUUUGCGGCUAAGACUGUAAACGAUUUUGUUGACGCCUCAAUGAUGGUCGCACCGUAAGUUUAUUGUAAAUCAGUU